AUGGUGAUAAUGUCGUGUAUGGGUGAUGUGGCUUUACAUGAUCGUGUGCCAGCCCUAUGGCAGCGAAUUGAAGAUGCACAUUAUAGUUACCUAGAAAUAGACGAUAGUCCUGAAAAGCUGCAGCAAAAGAAAAAAUUACAAGGUUACAUCACGGAAUACCUGUCUCUAGUUCCAAAUGAGUAUAAAUUUGGUCUGCAAGAGACGAGCAAAGUGUUUCAAAGGACGGUCAACGAGUUACCUGACUAUAGUGCGUACAGAGCCGGCAUCGGUUGGGCGGCGAUGGCUCGAUACGCGGCUAAUCUAUUGGCCCAGCCCUGGAGGAAGGAGUAUAAAGUUGUUAGGUUAUAUUGCGGGUUCUACAAGCACGAGGUCGAGGCCAACCUCGUGGGCGGCGAGAGCUUGCUGCAAGCGAUGGGGUACCGGGCCCUCGGCGGAGGCCGCCUGGCUUUGGACGGGCCCGUGUGCCCCGACAUGGCCGCGGCCGUCUCCCGGGACGCGCUCAUCGCCCAGUGCGAGAGUCAGAUAAUGGCGUCGAUCUGGGAAGGCGUCUGGAGCGGCGGCGGCCGCGUGUCGUGGGCCGCGGUGGCCGCCGAGAGGCUCGCGCCCUCCCGAUGCCUGUUCGGCGACGAGGGCGUCUACUCCAACAUGCCCGCGCCUUCCGCACCUCGCCGCCGCCCGCCCUGCCGCUGCCCCGACGUAGCGCCCUUCGUUUAUUCACCCUGCGAGAUGCCCGCGGUGCCCUACGCGGGGCCCUACUACUUGCCCCUACGGCCGUCCUACGCGGUUCCCCCGCCCCUCUACGCCCCCGCGAAUCCGGCCCCGAACGACUCCGUCGACGGGUCGAUUCCCCGACGCCCGUGCCCGGUCGUCCCGACGGCGCGGUUGAUCGAAUACGACUCGGAGAGAGACGAAAGGCGGAAUCGCAGAGCCGACGGCCCGUCGAGGUCGGACUCGCGGCCGGCGCUGAAGGCCAGAGAAGACGGCACGGGGACAUACGAGAGCUGGGAUUACGUGUUCAGAAACUUGUCGAGCAAGGACAGAGACGGAGACGGCGGGAGCGGCUUCUCGCAGUCGUCGGACAGAGACUCGCGGACGCUCGACAGGCUCGAGAGGGACGAGCGGAGGAAGUAUCGGCCCACGACGAUGGACUUGGAGGACGGCCUUCGAGCCUUGGACCUCGACAGAUCGCACGACGAAGAAGCGUCCCGCACCGCCAAAGUCAACGAGAGUCUGAUGAGGCUAAAGCGGGAGCAGGAGUCGAAGCGAGUCAAGAGGAGACCGGAAGAGAGGACACCGGAAGAGAGGAGACCGGAAGUGAGGAAACCGGAAGAGAGGAGACCGAAGAAGACGGAAUCUUUGGGAAAUCCUUGCGCCGACGGGCUCGUCACGCCGAAAGUGGCUCCGGAUAAAGUGAAGUUGCUGAGCAAGAGAGAGAUAAAAGAUAGGAAGGAAGUGAUGAAGCUGACGGUCAACGGUCAGCUGUCCAACGUCGAGGUAAAGAAGCUCAAGAGACCGGUCAAGUCGGCGGCGGCCGAAGUGGAGAAGACCAGGAAACCCUCGGAAAACGGAGUGCACGAGGCUUACGGUCCAACGAGCGUUGCGAGCUCCAGCCAGCCCUCGGGCCUCGAGGCGCAGCUCGUGGUGCCCUCGGAGGACGGUCGAGCCGAGAGAUGGCAGUGCGGCACGUGCACUUACCUGAACGCGAGCGGUCUGCAGGCCUGCGACAUGUGCGGCAAGUCCAAGAGAGGGCCCCGGAUCCAGCCCUUGACCUCCGGAGGCCGAGAGUGUCCCGCGUGCACUCUGGUCAACAAACGGGACGCCAAGCUGUGCGACGCGUGCGGGACCGGCUUGGAUCGUUGCCCCACUUAUAUUUAA